AUGGCUCCCUGCUCCUCCAACUGCUCCUCUAUUCACCUCAAUAGGAUCUCUGAGAAAGACCACAUCAAAUUAAGAAAACCUUUUGUGGAGAAAGUACGCAGAGAUCGCAUCAACAGCUGCAUCAAGCAACUCAAGAUCAUCCUGGAGAAGGAGUUCCACAAGCAGGAGCCCAACUCCAAGCUGGAGAAAGCCGACAUCCUGGAGAUGACCGUGAACUUCCUGAGUCAGCAGCUGCAGUCGGGCCUCUGUAAGAGCGACUACAACCGAGGUUACUCUGUGACUCCUCUGCAGGGCCUCCAGCAGCAGAAGCAGCAGCUCCAUCAGGCCCAGAGAGUCAGCAGCUCCUCCCCGGUCUGCUCCACCCUCAGGCCCACCACGCUGCAGGACAGCAGCAGAGGCACCGUGUGGAGGCCUUGGUAG